CAGUGAAUGUCAGUGGGCGGGACGAGGUUUUGUUUUUCUUUGCUCAGAGUGCAGUUCGCGGUUGUUCGUUUGUCCGAUCUCUUAUGGGUAGCGUGAACGCGUCUGGUGGCUUCGUGUAACGUGAGGUCGCGACAGCAUUUCCUUUGCCUACAUGGGAUUCUCAGAGGAGUACAUCACAGAAUUUAUGAGGAAGAUCCUAUGAUAGGCUUUGCAGCUGCACGACCUCAUUCAGAAGAGAAUGGCUUCAGGAGAUGAAGUUUCAGAAAAGCACUGCUGGGUGUGUUUUGCUACUGAACGGGAUGACAGGUCAGCAGAAUGGGUAAGCCCUUGCAGAUGCAAAGGUAGCACAAAAUGGAUUCAUCAGUCCUGUCUACAGCGCUGGCUGGAUGAAAAGCAGAAGGGCAAUGGCUCCUGCAGUGUGACAUGCCCACAAUGUGGCACUGAAUACAUUAUAAUGUUCCCUAAACUUGGCCCUUUGGUAUAUUUUCUCCAACAGCUAGAUCGUGCACUGUCCCGGUUAAGUCCAUUUGCUGCAGCUGGUGUGGUGGUUGGAACGGUGUACUGGUCAGCGGUCACUUAUGGAGCAGUAACGGUAAUGCAGGUGGUCGGCCAUAAAAAGGGUUUGGAUGUAAUGGAACGAGCUGACCCUCUUUUCCUCCUCAUGGGUCUCCCAACAAUUCCGGUCAUGCUGGUUCUUGGGAAGAUGAUCCGCUGGGAGGACUACAUCAUACGUCUCUGGCAGAAGCAUUCUUCCAAACUUCAGUUGCUAAACAGCAUUAUGCCAGGUAUUGGAAGACCUGUCCCUCGUCUGCCAGCUGAAGGCAGCUAUGUUAGUGACCACUUGUCCAUGUCACGCACUCUGUGUGGUGCCUUGGUCUUUCCCACUAUUGCCAACCUGGCAGGUCGCCUCAUGUUUCGUAGAGUACACUCCAAUUUGCAGCGUACUGUACUGGGUGGAAUCGCUUUUAUUGCUAUUAAAGGUGUCCUCAAAGUGUAUUUCAAACAGCAGCAGUUUUUAAUUCAAGCCAAUCGACAUAUCUUGAACUAUCCAGAGGAAGAGGACGUGGAUAACAGAGUGGAUGAUUCUUCUGGGGAGAAUGGAGACAGUGGCAAUGAGUAACACCUUCUCAAAAUUAAUGGACCUGUUUGUGGAAAUGGACAUAAUGCAGAGCCCUGGUUUCUGAGGGGAAAAGGAAUGUUGAUAAAUUGCCUCAGUAAUAUUUAUUUGAAAAUUUUCCAUUUUUUGUCUUUACUUGGCAGCACCUGUACAAAAUGUAUAAUCAUUGUCACUAUUUUUUGCCUUUGGAGAAAACAGUAAACAGUCGUAUUGUAUUACUGGUAUGUUUACAUAUCCUUCCCAGUCACAUUUUGCAAAUGUUUGUAAAAAUACAUAUUUUAAGAAUUAACUGGAAAAUAUGAAAAAUACAUCCAUAUAUAGAAGAAUAUAGAUGACAUGUUUUUUUCCUUUAAUUUUGACAUUUAAUAAACUGAUUAUGUGUUGGGAUAUACUGAAAUUUAACAAGUUUAGCAAACUAAUUUAUAUUAUUUAAAUUGUUUUUGUUAUAUUAGAUAUAAGACCUAUCUGGUUUCUUCCAUAGUAUACUUUUUCUUUCUUUUUUUGUCCAAUUUCCAUAUAUUUCAUAGAUUUGAGGUAGCAAUACUCAUUUAUGCAUGCAUCAGAGAUAGUCACCCAGAUCAAAAUUGUCAAUGUUAACACACUAUUGAGACUUUAAUGGUUACAAUAAUAUAUGAGAGAAAAAUUAAUACUGCCCUUUAACAUGAGGCAUUGUAUGCAGUUCAUAAAGCUUUUUUUUUUUGUUACUGUUUAAUCUUUUGUCAUAUAUCCAGAAGGUGAAAUAAUUUAGUCUUUUAGCUAUGUAGAUACAAUUAUUCUUAUUUUUAUGGGUGGUGACAGAAAAAGUCAACACCCAUGUCACCAUGGAAGCUAUAAUAAACAAAAAAUAGUGUAGUAUUAUAUUGCAGUGCACCUAAAUGAAAUAAACAUACUUAGUUAUACUUACAGUAUAUUACCAUUUGGGGAAGUAAAUGCCUUGUUCAAAUCUAGGGCUGAGGUUGUAUUUAAGAAAAAAAAAAACUUUAUCGAGUUACCUUUAUUUAUUAACUUUAUUUUAUUUUGUGUGAUUUGCAGGUUGUUGAUAGUCCUUUAGUCAUAAAGUAGUCUUGAUAAAAACAUUGGAAUUAGAAAACCAGCUAUCCAUUUCAUUUGUAACCUUUCUUUAUGCCUUCAAAUCUUUAGAAGUCCUCCAGUUUUUAGUUUUCUCAGUUUAAGUCUGCUUGGUUAACAUCAAAUGCAAAAAAGUAUCCUAUGUUAGGGUAAGAGCUGCUUCUGUCACACAAGUCAGGAGGGUUAAGCAGAGUAAGGAUGGGUGCUGCUUUACUGGUUCAGAGAAUGGCAUUAAGGAAAGAGCAUCAGUGUACACCUGAGAAAGCUUCUGUUUUCAGUUUUGGGAUAGAAAGUUUCUUUUAAUGCAGUAGCUCACUCAGCUGCACCUGCUUUUUUUGGUAUAUGGUUCUUUUUUCUUUGGCACAUAGGUGUUACUGCUCAAAUUCCCCCAUAAAGAAGUGCUCCAGGGCCUAGUGAGCUUUCACUGAUGAAUUUUAGUCCUACAUUUGCCAACCUUGGUCCUCGUCUAAAAGAUUUGGGUUGACCUGGGGACCCACCUUAAUUUCAAAAGUUAUUACAAUUGUGCAAAGUUAACUCCUAUCUGAGCUAAACUACGGGCUUUAGAAGGGCCCAAAUAGUAAAAAUCUUACUGUUAAUAGUAACUUUAUACAAAGCAAGAAGACUAGCUUAAAUUGUCCCUUUUUUUUAGAUUGAGGAAUUAUUUGCACAAAAAUGAGGACAGAUUUUUUAAAAAUCAUACCUUUUAAUGUUAUUUUGGCAAAAUGUGCAGAGUAAAAGAGAGAGAUCAAAAGUAUGUAUAAUAUUUGAUUUUGUUCUGUGGUGCCUUUUUUAGAUUCCUCAGAAGACAAUUUUGGCUUUAGUCUCAUCCUCAUAAAUUCAUUAUUUGAGUUUAUUUUAUAACAUCUACACUAUUCCUUCCAUCUUAGCACCCAUUCUUCAGACCAUUUACAUUGCCACAGUCACUACCUAAGGACAUAUCUCAAGCCAAGCAAUUGAAAUAAAUGGCUUUGAAAACA